AUGCUACACAUCCUGAAGUAUCUCCUACUCUCUAUAUCCACCUUUGGCUGCCUCGGCGUUCGAGGCAGCGGAACCCACCAUAGCCAUCUGACCAUAUGCAAUGCGAUCGCCCAAGCAGUCUCUACCAAGUCUAGCGUCUUCUAUCCAGGCAAUCAAUAUACCUCGGACAAUUACCAUUGGGCUGUGUCGAGCACUAUUAAUUCUAGUUGCACUGUUGAACCCGGUACAGCAGAAGAUAUUGGAAAGAUCUUACGCAUCCUCGGUGUCACCCGGACACCAUUCGGGGUCAGAGGCGCCGGUCAUACCAGCAAUGUCGGUUUCUCAGCGACAACCGGUGUACAGAUCGCGAUGACUCGGCUUGACGAGGUCAUAUACGACGCAAAGACUAGUAUCGCCAAGAUCGGUGCAGGAAACGUCUGGGACGAUGUGUACGAGGGUCUCCAACCCUUCAAUGUCAGCGUCGUAGGUGGGCGCGUCAGCGGGAUUGGAGCGGCAGGUUUCACUCUUGGCGGAGGGUACUCUUACAAGACAAACGAGUAUGGUUUGACCAUAGAUACUGUCACUGGCUUCGAGGUGGUACUCCCGAUCGGGGAAGUCGUCUUUGCAGAUGCUACACAGUAUUCGGACCUCUUCUUCGGCUUGAAGGGCGGCUUCAACAACUUCGGCGUAAUGACGGCCAUCUACAUGAAGACGCACGCCGAGACAUUCGUCUGGGGUGGCUCUAUUACUACCACUGGAGUGGAUGAGGCGGUGAUGGCUGCUGUUCUGAACUUUUAUUCAACGGUCACGGACCCGAAAGCCGCGAUUCUACCGACUUUUAACUACGAUUCCUCCAUAGGAAUAGUGAGUCGAUCCCUCGGUCUUUUCUAUCAUGCACCUGAACCACCUCAGGGGAUGUUUGACGACUUCCUGGCCCUUCCGGCACUGGUGCAGAAUGUCUCAACACGCUCCUUGCUCUCCCUCAUUACCGCAUUCCCGGAGCCGACAGGUCUGAGAGGUGCCUUCCAUACACUGUCUCUACAUACCCUAUCAUCCGCGUUCCUCGAUGCUGUGGUGAACGAAACCCAGUUCUGGAGCACCCAGCUCUCGCCCUCCGUCCCAGGGCUCUUCAUCAGCUACGACGUGGAGCCUUUCCUGUCAAGCUACCUCUCGCACGGCUCACCCUCAGCCUGGCCGCCCAGUCGCGAGAUUGCCCUCUUGCCGAUCAACCUCUACUUUGCAUGGGCGCUGCCAGAGAACGACACCGUCAUCCACGAGGUGAUGACCCAGAGCGUGGACUAUUUGACUGAAGUGGCGAUCGCGGAGGGUCAGGACAUCGCGGACGCGCCGUUGUAUCCGAACUACGCGAUAUCCGGUGUCCCGCUGGAGGAUAUGUAUGGGCAGAACGUGGAGAGGUUGAAACACAUCAAGGCUACCUAUGACCCCGCGAAUGUGAUGGGUCUCACAGGAGGGUGGAAGUUCUGA